UCCCUUCAAUACAAUCCACCACGACCAAGUCAUAUCAUGGCUGCUUCUUCUCUUGUAUCCUCGAGGGUAUCAAUUAGCCUGCUACUGUUCGUUGCAAUCAGCUCUGCAGCUCUGCUAGCAACUGCAUCAGCCAACUUCUACAAGGACUUCGACGUCACGUGGGGAGACGGUCGAGGCAAGAUCCUCGAAGAUGGCGAUCUCCUCACCCUCUCCCUCGACAAGGCUUCGGGGUCGGGGUUCCAGUCGAGGAACGAGUACUUGUUCGGCAAGAUCAACAUGGAGCUCAAGCUCGUCCCUGGCAACUCUGCUGGCACCGUUACUGCCUAUUACUUGUCAUCGAAUGGAUCGACCUGGGACGAAAUCGACUUCGAGUUUCUAGGCAACUUGAGCGGCGACCCUUACAUCCUCCACACAAACGUGUUCUCACAAGGGAAAGGGAACAGAGAACAACAAUUCUAUCUCUGGUUCGACCCUACAGCGGAUUUCCACACUUACUCCAUCCUCUGGAACCCACAACGCAUCAUAUUCUCGGUGGACGGCACCCCAAUCAGGGAGUUCGAGAACCUGGAGGGCAGGGGAGUGGCGUUCCCGAAGAACCAGCCGAUGCGGAUCUACUCGAGCCUGUGGAACGCAGAUGACUGGGCGACCCGCGGCGGUCGGGUGAAGACGGACUGGUCGAACGCUCCGUUCACGGCUUCCUACAGGAACUUCAGCGCCGAUGCGUGCGUGUGGUCCAAUGGAGGCUCGUCCUGCAGCAGCAGUAACAGCACGGCUUCCCCUGCAUCAUGGAUGUCAGAGGCGCUCGAUGCGACGAGCCAGGAGAGGCUGGAAUGGGCGAGGAAGAACUACAUGAUCUAUGACUAUUGCAAGGAUGGCAAGAGGUUCCCUCUGGGAUUCCCUGCAGAGUGCAACCUGGGCUAAGUUAUUGUACUUCUUUGUGGAUAUUUUUGUAUCGGUACAGAGUAAAUUGCAAUUCAUACAUACAAUUUUUAUAUCAUGGAGGACAAUAAAGGUAAAUUGCACUU